AUGGUCGAGGUCGGUGACGUCGACCAAGAUGCUGCUCGAUGGUGGGCGGCUGUUCUGUCAACAGAAACGGGAACAACAGGAACGCUCAACGGCUGGCGAGCAUCCAUACGCAACGACAAAGGCGCACUUCUUUGUUCGCCAUGGUCCAUCGCAGUCUCAUGCAACACUCCAUUCGUCGUCGUUUCGGCCGAGCAACAGCCAACUCCCUCUUGUGCAACAGCGAGGACGACUAGUACGAGGAUGACAAAGACGACGAUGACGACGACGACGACGACGACGCCCUCCCUGUAUACCCCUGCACCAUACAGGAUGGCUAUUCGAUACCUAUCAGAAUACUGCCGUCUUCACGCCAUCUCACGCCAAAGCGAAGCUGCUCUCGCCGCAGCACUCAUGAUUCCAAUCGCAAAGCUCGACGGGGCAAGAAUCGAACUACCGAGCCCGAAACCCCGGCGCGAUGGUGCCCCGGCAGCAGCCGCCGCCGCCGCCGCCGCCGCCUCCUCCCAGGAUGGCCAAGCUUAUUUGCCGUGGGACGAGGAGGUCGGCGAGAAGGAGCACUCUCAACCGCCAGACCGGCUUCUGACGCUCAGCUGCCAUCCAAGAGGAGCCAAGGCCCUGCUGAGCAGCAUAUUCUUCCAGCCAGACAUCGACUGCAACCUCUGCGGAGCUUGGCUACAGGGCUUCUUCGCCUCCCUCGACUCGGAAGCCGCGCAGGAGCCGCAGCUCCGCCUGUGGACGUUUGUGCGGCGUGAUCCCGGCCUCGCGUUCCUCUGGCUGGGUGCCUUCAUCACGGGCGCCGAGGCGCGCUGCGUCCAAGACGCUCGGUCAGGCUGGUGGAAGACCGACCUCAGCUCCGCCGCCUGGACCGGGACGCAUGUCUCCUUCAUCCAGGGGACCGUUACCAAGCCUCCUCCAGCAGCCGCUGCCGACAUCUCGCGAGCUGACGAGUGCAGGCUGAUGUACCUCGCACACGGACCGACACACGCCGUCCCGCCCCUCUUCCCGUUUGCCCCUUUCGGCCGCACCGCUCUGCAGGACGCAGACCUCGACGUCCGUCAACACACGCAAUGUCCGGCCCUUCACCGUUUGGUUUAUGCCGGUUUCGUCUGGGAUUGCCAAGGAGGGGGCCAGAACGUCAAGCAAGGGGCCGGCGGCGACGGCGACGCAGAUGACGCUGCUCUCAUUCGAGUCAAGACUUCGGAGCUGUCUCGUGUGGCCGAGGUGGAUGACACCAUAGCCGUCGACUACAGCGGCUUGGACCGGGAGGACGGCGACGAGAUUUCCGAAAUGGUCACCAGAAACAUCUUCUGCUGGCUCCGGGGCGACGAUGGAUACCCGGUGGCGGAGCGAGCACUUCGCCAGCACGAGUGGAUCAACGACGUCGAUUCAGACGACGACGACGAUGACGAUGGGCCCGGCCAGGGAAGGGAAGACUCGCGGUCCCUUUUUGGGGAUACUCGACUUAGUAGAUGA